AUGGAAGCUUUAAACAAACUGGAGCGUCUUGUACAAUUGCCAUUUAUGGAAAAAGUAAAAGUAGAGGAAAUUAAAUGGCAUAGUUUCAAAGUUUCCGAAUUGCGCGGAUAUUAUAUCGAUGCAUAUUACACAAUCAACAAUACCAAUUCCAACGGAACUUGCGAUGAGUUUAAGAGCACACUCGCGAAUAGCCUUACGAGUGACUUUCGGUGCAGAAAAGUUGGUGAGGAAAGGAGUCGUCAAUUUUCAAAUAAAACCGUUGUAAAACUGGAACUGUACUACAGAGUGCCGCACUAUGCCUUCAUUACUGAAGGAAGUAAAUACCUCACCUUUGCUACGAAGAUAAGAACAUUACAGGGUAAAUGCUUAUAUCCUGUUCAGGUCAGACCUGAUACUUCUUUCUAUGAACCAAGUAACUAUGAUUGGCCUGAACGUGGAUACUCAUUCAAUGUGUACAUAUUGCGAAAUAUUAAAGUGGAACCAAAAACCAUGGACAUUUGCAGAGCGAUAAAAAAGAGAUCGGAGUUGCAAAUCAAGAUAUGUAAUGUCACUACGUCGGAAGCCCCAAAAGUCGUACGAAUCGUGACUGAUGAAACCCAAGAUGGUGUGUUGAAUGUGAUGACUCAACUCAUGGAAGAGCUUAAUGACGAAAAUCCAAUAUCCUGUACCACCAACAUAGCACUGCCGGUAAUAAGCAAGAAGAUUUCCGAGCCAUAA